AUGUGCUCCUUCCGCCCAAAUAAACGAACCACGUUUACAUCAGAUUGGUCCAAUCAAUCACAUUUACCAUCUCUUUUCGGCUUCAUUCAAUCGCAGCCCAAUUUCGGUCUUCUGUUCGAUAUCGAUGGUGUUCUCGGACGUGGAGCGACACCGUUUCCCCAAGCUCAGGAAGCAUUCCGUUUGUUGUGUGAUCCGGAUGGGAAAGCAUUGCGUGUCCCAGUCGCGUUUGUGACCAAUGCGUGCGGAGAUGCAGCCGCGAAAGCCAGGAUAAUUUCCAAAUGGUUUAAUGUGCCGAUUGAUCCAGAUCAAGUGAUUCAGGCACCCAGUCCACUGACGGUUUACAAAGAAUAUCACAAGAAACGUGUCCUAUUCAUUGGUCAAGAUAAUACACUAGAGAUUGCUCACAGCCUAGGAUUCACAAAUGCAGUCACCCUGGAGGAUGUCAAAGCUGCAUAUCCGUUGCUCGAUAUGGUCGAUCAUGAAAACCGACGGCGUCUAGUAAGUAUUGAAUACUCCGGUCUGAUCUCUUUUAUUCGUCGAUUGUUCGCCCCGAUAAAUAUCCGUUGUAUGUGUUCUUCCGUGCAUCUUUGUCUCCACACAGUGAUCAUCAUGCUUGGCGAGCCCAGGCGAUGGGAGUCGCAUUUGCAACUUUUGAUUGACCUUCUCAUGACCAACGGCAAACCGGAUCACAUGCCCGCCUCGAUGCCUGACGAGCAUAUUCCACUUGUCGCGUGUAAUAUGGAUUUGGUCUAUAUGGACCAGGCCGUGUUGCCCCGAUUUGGUCACGGUGCUUUCCUCACUUGUCUGCAAGCCCUGUACCGACAAUUUACUGGACACAAAUUGCACUACACCUCCCUGUUGGGCAAACCGAGCGAGAUCACAUUCCGAUUUGCGGAACAUAUGUUGACCGUGAUGUCCCGACGUAUGGGCUAUACCAGGUGCAUUGAUCGAAUGUAUUUCUUCGGAGACAAUCCAGAUGUGGAUAUUCUUGGUUCGAAUCUGUACAACAACUUUAUUCGUCGUUAUCGUCACGUAUCUGGUGGCAGUGGAGAUUAUGUCCAAGAGCAACGUGUCUCUGUAGCGGAUUCUCGCAUGUUCCCCUCAUCGGCUGAACUACUUCCACAGACCGCACGCAGCAUUGAUGCUGUCUUGGUACACACUGGCGUUUACAAGCCGGAUGAAAAGAUCCGACAACGACCUAGCUACUGUCACCGAGAUUUUCAGGGAGCGACCGAUUUGGUUUUGCCUACUUUUGAAGUUCAAGACUGUCUGGAAGGAAUUCAAAUGAUUUUGGCUCAACAUAAUUUCUAUCCAAGUGUAAGGAAAACGGAGAAAUCUUAG